AUGCAACGGGUUCAUUUUGCUACGUCAUUCAAUGACGGCCACAUCGGUGCUUCUGAAUCCACAACAAGUGAGCAGAUUCGAGCCGAGCAGAAAGACGGACGAGAAGAGGACGAGGAAGAGGACUGGCGUCUAAAGUACAAAUCAGCUUUCACUUAUGCGGACUAUAACGAUUUAGACAAUAUGGGAUAUGAAGCGCCGAAACGUUAUCGUAAUCAGGUGCGUGUUUUUUUAAUCAUCACGAAGAAUCCAUACUAUCGAAAUCAGUUCAGCCUACCAAUUGCUGAAUCGCCUUCUAUGCAAACCUCGGCUAUCGAGAGUGUUUUUGUAGCACUAUCAUUUCUCAUAUUUUUACUCACCUUACCGCUCUCAUUACUCUUCUCACUAAAGUUCGUUGGUGACUUCGAGAGGUUGGUUGUGCUUCGUCUAGGUCGAGCACAAAAAACGCGUGGUCCAGGUGCAACUGUGAUAUUGCCUUGUAUUGAUACGUGCACUAAAGUUGAUCUCAGAGUGAACGCUUUCAAUGUUCCUCCUAUGCAAAUCAUCACCAGUGAUCGAGGCUUGGUCGAGCUUGGUGCUACUGUUUUCUUACAGAUAAAAGACGCAUUGGCAGCGGUAUGCACCGUACGCGAACGGAAUCAGUCAAUUCGAACGUUGGCCAUCACGAGUCUUUAUCGAAUCGUUUCCAAGAGACGUGUUUGUGAGAUUAUCAGUGGACAGUCACGUACACAAAUAGCCGGCAUUCUUCAGGAAGAGAUGAGUGCAUUUACUGUAUCGUGGGGUGUGCAAAUCACAAAAAUUGAAAUUUCCGAAGUGAAAGUAAUCAAAGAAGGCGAAAACAUGGCGAUAUCAACGUUCAAAAGUGUUGUACUCUCGAAAAACUUCGCAACAAGACAUAAGUUGUAUCGCUUAAAAGAAACUGGAAGACUAGUCAUGCACUUUCGAAAUUUCGGUAAUUUUCAGCUGAUCAAAUCAGAGUUUGGUAAUGAAGUUCUUCAGACGAUCAAUACAACAGUUCAAGAAUUUAUCAGUGAACAUAAAACCAGCGAAAACGAUUUGAUUGAUUUCAAUUCGAAUAAUAUCGAUAACAAAAAUGAGAAUCAUAAUAACAAUAAUAUUGAUAUCAAUAAGAACGUCAAAAAAGGAGAUAUCCCAUCGACUGAUGGAAUGCCCAGUAAUGAAACACCAAAGUUAUCACUAACUGAGAUCGAUGAUCUGUUGGGAACCAUAUCGAUGGUCAUCGAUGAGCGUCUUGUGGCACUUGUUGGAUACGCAUUUCAGGUUGAAUGCGAGGAUGUCGGUGAUUUCUAUUUGGACUUGAAGAAUGGUUCGGGUUGUUGCAAUCGUGGACGAUACGCGAAUGCUGACGUUACUUUUCAGUUGAAUCGUUCGUUGUUCGAAGAUAUUGUCAAGAAACGUAUCUCACCAAUGCACGCUUACAUGUGCGGUUCUCUCAAACUGCAAGGAUCCAUCCAAGCCGCUAUGAAGCUCACAUUCCUUGCUGAUCGUGUCAGCGAACUUUUGUGA